UCAUGAUGGCGAACGUUCAGGAAGCGCGCCUCGCGUACGUCUGAAUCAUUGAAUACGCGUAUUACAACAUUCCCCCGUUAUAAAUAAAUUACUGGUGUGUCAAUAAUGUUAUAGUUUUAGUGCUAAAAUCCGGUGGGUAUUUCUGUGUGCCAGUGCGUCAUUAUUGUGUUGCAUGAGUGAUCCCAAUGGGGUGCUGGGUAGUGCGCGGGAUGAUGGACGCCGUACGCCGGCCAGCACCGAACAGCUAACAAAAUGCGAAAGAGAGCCAGACUGCGUGGCGAUAGGUAGCAGACUGCGAGGGCCGAUGGGCACGCGUCCGCCCGCGGCCUUUUGGCCGCAACUCUGGGCCACUGUCGUCAGGAGUCUGCUGCUCAAAAAGCGCGACACUAGGAAAACCCUCGCCGAAGUUCUGGUUCCUCUAUACUCUCUGGGCGUGCUUAUAUUUCUCAAGAUGCUCGUGCCGAACCCUAAUUUUCCUGAAGUCAGGAAACCUGGCAGACUAUUAAGGAUCCACCACGACGUUAUAUCAGAUAACCAUUCCGUCGCUGUAGUGGCAGAUUGGGAUACUGCCAAUGGAACUUUGGGUUUUUUAGACGACAUAAACUCACUACUCAUCGAGUCCGGCCAACAUCCUGUCAACUGGAUCAGAUAUAACAACACAACAGAUCUAAACGAUGCAUACCACAACGACGCCAAGACGUUCCCUCUAGCUGUAAUUUUUCAUACCGAUCCUGGCGCUUAUGGCGAACCACUCAGAUACACAAUUCGUACGAAUCCAUCCCGCGAUGGAGGCACGCCUUCCACUAGGACCCUCACAACUUCACCAGCUAAAUGUCGAGAAAGAACUGGAUUUAAAGAUUGGUCUUCGGACUGGUCUAGAGGGGGACAGCUAAUACCUCUGUCAGAAAUGCACAGGGAAGAUACGUGUCCUGUACUACAGUAUUAUUAUACGGGUUUCUUGGCAUUGCAGACUCUGAUUGAUUAUGUUAAAAUUAAAAUGGAUACUGGGACUCGUUUCUUUCCACCUCGGGUAGAUCUACGUCAGUUUCCCAAACGACAGCAUACGGGAGACUGGCUGGUGAUUUUCAGGGUGAUCAUGCCGAUGUACAUGGUGAUGACGCUGUCACAGUUCAUAACCUAUCUCUUAAUGUUUGUGGUGGGUGAGAAAGAGAAGAAAAUACGGGAGGGGAUGAGAAUAAUGGGAUUAAAAGAUAGUGUUUAUUGGGGUUCGUGGUUUUUAAUUUACGCUGUUUUCGUUACAAUAUUGUCAAUCGUCAGCACAGUUUUGCUUUUCACUUUAAAGGUUUUCCAGCACUCGUCUUACAUCUUGAUUUUCCUGUUGAUGCUUCUUUUUGGAUUUACUAUCAUUACAUUCGCGUUUAUGCUUACGCCUUUCUUCGACAAGGCCAGGACUGCUGGAAUUCUGGGUAGUUUCGCCGUAAACUUGAUGAGCGGGCUAUACUUCAUCCAGGUGUUCGUAUCCAACGCUGAUUCUCUUGCCUUCUGGUUCGUCUCCCUUAUAAGCUCCAGCUGUUACGCCCUCGCCAUGGACAAGGCUCUAGUGUUGGACAUGGCGGGAGUAGGCGUGACCUGGGAUAAUUUAUGGAGUGGUCCUGGAGUUCCAUUCGGAGGCAGUCUCAUUAUGAUGGCAGUGGAUACAGUUCUCUAUGGAUUGGCUGCGUACUGGCUGGAUGCGGUUGUACCAAGCGAGUACGGCAUCAAACAGAAGCCGUGGUUUUGUUUGCUGCCGUCGUUCUGGGUGGGGCGGCGAACGCGCGUGUCGGCCGAACAUCUGCACUCCAACGGAGACGCGCUGCACAAGGACAUCGAGCCCGUACCCAAAGAACUACAAGACAAAGAGGCGAUUAGAAUCGUUGGGCUACAGAAGAGUUUUCGUCAUUGUCGGAGACCGGAAGUAAAAGCGAUCGACGGAAUUGACCUGAGCAUUUACGAAGGACAAAUAACAGCCGUGCUGGGACAUAAUGGCGCUGGGAAGUCCACGCUCUUUAACAUCCUCACAGGGUUAACGGCACCGACAGCUGGAACAGCAUACGUAUAUGGCUUAGACGUUAGGGAUCCAAAUGAUAUGCAUGAGAUACGUCAGAUGAUCGGCGUGUGUCCGCAGCAGGAUGUUCUGUUCGACUUGCUCUCUGUUAAAGAACAUUUGCAGUUCUUUGCUGCUGUCAAGGGUAUACCACGUCGAAGAAUAUCCGAUGAAGUGCAUAAAGCGCUAUCGGAAGUUGGACUCCUGGACCAAGCGUCGGUAUUCUCGAAACAUCUUUCUGGGGGGCAGAAGAGGAAACUUAGUAUAGCUAUCGCCUUUAUAGGAGAUCCUAAAAUAAUAAUCCUAGAUGAGCCAACAGCAGGAGUAGAUCCGGUGUCCAGGAGGCAGACUUGGCGAAUCUUACAACGAGCGCGUCGGGGGAAAGUCUUGUUGCUGACGACACAUUUCAUGGACGAGGCUGACAUCUUGGGGGAUCGGAAGGCCGUUAUUAGCAAAGGACGGGUCCGUUGCGCUGGAACAUCUUUAUUUUUGAAAAACAAGUUUGGAAUCGGAUACCAUUUGACGCUGGUUUUAGAUGGCGCGUGCCGCGAGCACCAGAUCACGCGGCUGGUGCGCGGGCACGUGCCGCGCGCGGAGAAGGCGCGGCGCCACGGCCGCGAGCUGUCCUACAUCCUGCCGCACUACGCCGUGCACCUGUUCCCGCCGCUCUUCCACGCCAUCGAGCUCGAGAUACGCGACAAGACCAACCGCCUGGGUAUAACGAGCUACGGCGUGUCGAUGACGACCCUGGAGGAAGUGUUUCUGAGCCUGGAGGGGGAGAACGCAGAGGAGACGGAGGCGGUGGAGGGAGUGUCAUCUGUGAAGCUCGUACGGGCGCGCGCACUCUCGCGCAGCCUCUCGCUGCAGAGCAAGACCUUGAGCUACCAGGAGUUGAACGAUAAGGACCAACAGAAGACGACAUCUCUCCCGACCCCGCCCGCCUCGCACGCGCUGCACUCCACCACGCACGGCGUCGAGCAUGUUAAGGUGACACCGGAGGCGCCGGUGUCGGUGGACGUGCUCGGCGAGAUGGUGAAGACGAACCCGUCGUGUUGGCGCACGUUCUGCGCGCUCGUCUACAUCCGCACCGUGCGCAUGAUACGGGACCCCUACAAGCUCUACGUUAUGAUUUUCAUGCCCAUCAUCUCUUGCGCGCUCGGGCUUUACAUGAAGUCUCGCCAAAUCGUCUUUUUUCGAAUGCAGCCCCUCAAAUUGGAACCAAAUGCUUAUUUCAAUAAGACACCGAUUGCACUGUACAGUGAACAAGAUAACUUUAAGGAAAUCGCUGAUUUUAAGGAUUCUUUAGAAACAUUAGGUGCUCAUCCAAUAGAUCUAUUUGAUGGAAACUUCUCGAGUCUUCUAGAUAUGGAGAAUUUUGGAGCGUUUAGUUUGAAGGACAGCCUAAUUCCUUUUGGGAAAAUUAUGGCCUACUACAAUAGCACGUAUACUCAUAGCUUGCCUAUUAUAAUAAACUUAUUGGACAAUAGUAUAUACAGGGUAUUAAUGACGGCCUCCGGUCAGCUGGAAAGUUUCAAGCCUAUAGAGGUCCUCACCCACCCCUUCCAGCAGACGGAACAGCAAGAAGAGUUUAACUUAGGGAACGUAGUGUGCGCUAUUUUUAUGGGAAUGAUAUUCGCACUCGUACCCGUCACGUUGGCUGUCGACAUCGUGUACGAUCGAGAGAUAAAAGCGAAGAACCAGUUACGCGUGAACGGUCUGUCGAUGAGCAUGUACUUCUUAACGUACUUCACUAUCCUCAUCUUCAUUAUGAUCGUCACCAGCGCCGGAGUUCUGGUCCUUGUGAUCCUCAACGAUAUACCAAGUCUAACCAACGGUUCAGCCAUCAUGAUGCUCUGCGGUCUGUUGAUCUUGUACAGCCCGUCCGCCAUAUUGUUUAACACGUGCCUGUCUUAUAUCUUCGACAAAAUGGAUUCCGCUCAGAGUAUCAUGCCAAACAUUACCACUUGGGUGGGCGUCAUACCUUUCAUAUUGGUAGCUGUUUUGGAUACUUUUAAAUGGGGUAGCAACAUCGCCUUUUACCUUCACUUAGUGUUCAGUUUUCUAGACGUUAUGUACAUACCGUAUGCGAUCAUUUAUUAUGUUGAUAGGGUAUAUGUAACCUGUAACCUCCGAGGGCUGUGCACAGUGCCGUCACUGUCCAGCUACUUCACGGCGGAGGUGUGGGUGCUGAUCGUGGCCAUGCUGGUCCAUGUGCCCAUAUGCGGCGCCGCUCUGUUGGCGGCGGACAGGCUCAAAUCGGGGGGGAGGAUAUGUCCACGCAAGGGCGGCGCGGCGGCGGCCGACGGCGAGGCGGACGCGGGCGGCGGGGAGGGCGGCGAGGACGACGACGUGCGGCGCGAGAGGCGCCGCGUGGCCGGCCUGCUCGCCGCGCGCGACGCGCACGCGCCCGCGCUGCUCGUGCACAAUCUUCGCAAGGAGUAUAAGCUUCGUGGGACGAGGAACGGCAACGCGUGCUGCGGCGGGGGCGAGGCCCUGAAGCGCGCCGCCCUCGCGCGACUGUCGCUCGCCGUCCAGGGCGGGGAGGUCUUCGGCUUGCUCGGUCACAACGGGGCCGGGAAGACGACCACCAUGAAGAUCAUCACGGCCGAGGAGCGACUCACCUGCGGCACCGUGAUGCUCGGCGGGCAGAACAUCGAGGAGGCGCAGUCGGGCGCGUUCCAGAUGCUCGGCUACUGCCCGCAGCACGACGCGCUGUGGAAGAACGUCACCAUCCGCGAGCACAUCGAGUGCUACGCCGCCAUACGCGGCAUCAGCAAGGCCGACACGCCCCGGAUCGUGGACGCGUACCUGAACGGGCUGCAGAUAACGGAGCACGCGAGCAAGAACGCGGAGGAGUGCUCGGGCGGCACGCGCCGCAAGCUGUCGUUCGCGCUCGCCAUGGUGGGCAGCCCGCGCGUCGUGCUGCUGGACGAGCCCUCCACCGGCAUGGACCCGCGCAGCAAGCGCUUCCUCUGGGACACCAUCCUCGCGAGCUUCCAGGGUAGAAAAGGUGCUAUUUUGACAACACAUUCCAUGGAAGAGGCUGACGCUCUAUGUUCUAGAGUCGGGAUCAUGGUGAAGGGUGGAUUGAGGUGUAUUGGUUCAACGCAACAUUUAAAGAACUUGUACGGCGCGGGAUACACGCUGGAGAUGAAGAUAGGUCAACAGAACCAAAAAUCGACGAUGUUAGAAUCAGAUCUGUCGUUGACGCCUUCGCCCUUACGAUCAGCGAAUAAUUCUCCGUCGCUGGGCGAGGCGGAUGAAGGCUCGGGAGCAGGCUCUGCAACGGUGGAGGCGGAGGUCGAGGCGGAGGGCGAGGGCGAGGGCGAGGGCGAGGCGGUGGACGUCAGCAUACACACGCCCCUGGUGGGCAACACGUCGUCCGCGCGGCUGCAUCACCAACGCACGGAGUCGGGCGGCGGCGCCAGCUCGGAGGCCGCCAUCGCGCUGGUGGCGCAGCUGUUCCCGGCCGCCGUGCUGGAGGAGAGCUUCGCGGAGCGCCUCGUGUUCUCCGUGCCGCAGUCCUCCGUCUCCAGCCUCGCGAGGUGCUUCCAGCAGAUCGAGGAGGCGAAAGAAAAGUUGAACAUCGUCGAGUAUAGCUUUAGUCAGACGACGUUGGAGCAGGUGUUCCUGAAAUUCGCACAAUCCGAGAACGUCGAAUCUUCAGACCAAGAACAUUAGGAAAACGUUUAUAGUGUAAGGUUUAAAAUAAUAAUAAAAGCGACGAUUUAACUUGACGAUUUUAUAAAGGAUAAACAUUAAUACGUAAAACGGUAUAAUUUUUCUAUUAAACCAGGCCUAAAAUACGGCCAAUGUAAUAAUUAAACUUUGCAAUAUUCCGCAGCGCUUCUUUGCAAUCGCAAAGUUAUAUAAUCUGUAGAUGAGCGUCAGUGUCACAGAUAAUAAAUUAAUUGAAUAAAAUCGUCGAGUGGUUCAAUCCAGUUUAGAUAUAUCGGGCUUUUUGAAAAAAAAAAAAUGUAAAAUAAUUGAUACGCUUCAGAUAUUCAGUAGUUUAUUUCUUUAGGUUCCCGAGCUUUUGUAUUGAGACCGAUGAGAGAAUAAUAUUUAGGUGUAGUAUAUUUCAAGAUGGAGGCAUAAUUUUUCCGCUUUCUCAUUGGUCGUUUUACUGGUUGGCACUUUACGAGCCCACAGGGUGAAAGAGGAAAUCGAUCUUGGAAAUAAUUCAUUAGGUCUGGUUUAGUGACGUCAGAAAAUAGUAAAAAUUUCAUGAUAAUGGGUAAUAAUAUUAUGGUGGGUUCUCUAUUACCAUUAGAAAGCCAUUCAAAUUGAAUGGAUUGAAUAUUACGGACCAUUAAUUAGUUAUGUUCAAUUAAAUUUAAAAAAAGAUUCGUGGUGAGAAGAA